AUGAUAUCAACUCCUCGCGGCUACUACAACGGCAGCGUGGUGGACGUGCGCCCCCACCGCGAACUGUACCGCCGCCGGCGCGACAUGAGGGGGCACUCCAUCACCAUGUCCAACGUCAUCCAGGACAGUAACACCACGCUUGUACAUCUACCCAGGGAGGAUAGACUAGAGCCUCAAUAUGAUUCGAUUUCAAAGCUCUGCUGGAUGAGCGUGAAAUUAGGGCUUGUUAUGCUGAACGCUACCCCAGUGUACAUAUUUAGCAACCGCUGGGGCUACAAGGUCAAUGGGCAGUGGUCGGGGAUGAUCGACGAUGUUUACUCUGGGAGGGCCGAACUUGGUACAAACUUGGUUAUAACGGAAGAACGUCUGGACGUGGUCUCCUACACAGAUAGCUUGGCUCCGUUUAAAGUGCGUUUCAUAUUCCGCCAGCCUCCCUUGCCAUACGUCACAAAUAUAUUCACCAUGCCUUUCUCAACUAACGUCUGGGUUGCCAUGUUUGUCUGUGCUGUAGUUGGUACGAUUACUGUGUAUUUGGCUGCGAAAUGGGAAGCUAAAGCGAGAACGGGUCAAGCACACGUGAAUAGUUUCGGUGACGCAAUGCUGCUGACGGUUAGUGCUAUUAGUCAACAGGGUUGUGCUAUGGAACCGAGAAAACUUUCAGGUCGCAUGAUGGUGUUCGUGCUAUUCACGGCGUUGAUGGCGCUGUACGCGGCGUACUCCGCCAACAUAGUGGUGCUGCUGCAGGCGCCCUCCGACUCCAUCCGCAGCCUGCCGCAGCUCGCCAACGCUAAGAUCACGCUCGCAGCCAAUGACGUCGAUUACAACCAUUUCGUUUUAAAAGGUCUAUUCGCAUUCCAUUCCAUCGUGGAGCCAGUUUACAGACAAAUAGAGGACACGUUCUUGGAAAAUGAAAAAUGUGAUCUAAUGGAAGUGGACUUCUUGAACAACUUCGACCCCUUCGUGCCGGUGAGGAAAGGGUCGCCGUAUUUCGAGUUGUUUAGAGUUGCUUUCAAACAGGUUCGCGAAUCCGGUCUACAAUCAGCUCUGUCGAAGAGGUUGCAAGUCUCCAAACCUCACUGUACGACCAAGAUGUCCUCGUUCAGCAGUGUGGGGCUGAUGGACAUGCGUCCCGUGCUCAUACUGAUGCUGUAUGGCAUCUGUUUGGCCGUUGCCAUCUUACUUGGAGAAAUCUUCGUUUAUAGAUUGUAA